GUCUGAAUGACUCUGCAGCGCUGUCACUUGGUCUCUGAGAGUGUUACAUAGGACUUUUAUUUUGGUGUGGUGACAUGACGUCAUAAGGCUGCGCCAUGCUCCUGCAUCUGUGAUUCUGCUGAAGAAAGAGUGUCCAAACACACAGAGAAACUCCUGCUGAAGCGACUGAGAUCCACGUGACACACUAUUAUAAAGAUGGAGUUUAUUAAAGAGGAGAGUGAAGACGUGAAGAUUGAAGAAACAUUCAGAGUCAAACAUGAAGAUACUGAGGAACAAACAGGCCUGAUGGAGCUGAAAGAGGAAAGUCAAGAACUGAAUGAAAUGGAAGAGAAAAAUCAGUAUGAGAAAUGUCAUGAUUUCAUGACUGGAGAACAAUCUAUUAGUUACUCACAGACUCAUAAAACAGACACUAGAAACCUCCAGAUGAGAGUUCACACUAGAGAGAAGCCUCACACCUGCCAACAGUGUGGAAAGAGUUUCAGUCGAAAAGAAAGUUUUGAGACUCACAUGAGAAUUCACACUGGAGAGAAGCCUUUCACCUGUCAACAGUGUGGGAAGUGUUUCAAUCGAAAAGAAAGCCUUAAAGUCCACUUGAAAAUCCAUGCUGGAGUGAAGCCGUUCAUAUGCCCUCAGUGUGGAAAGAGAUUUACACAGAAAAAAAACCUUAAUGCCCACAUAAGAAAUCACACUGGAGAGAAGCCUCACACCUGCAAACUGUGUUCGAAGAGCUUCUCACUACAAGCAAAUCUGAAGACUCACAUGAGAGUUCACACAGGAGAGAAGCCGUUCAUAUGCUCUCAGUGUGGAAAGAGUUUCAGACAGAAAGUAAGCCUUAAUGAUCACAUGAUGAUUCACACAGGAGAGAACUGUUUUAUUUGUGAUCAGUGUGAAAGGAGUUUCACAGACAGUAAUCAUCUUAAGAAUCAUGUAAAAAAUCACACCAUAGUGAAGCCGUUCAUAUGCCGUCAGUGCGAAAAGAGUUUCACAUACAGAGCAAAACUUGAGGAUCACAUGAGAAUCCACACUGGAGAGAAGCCUUUCACCUGCCCUCAUUGUGGAAAGAGCUUCACGCUUAAAGGAAACCUUAAGAUUCAUGUGAGGGUUCACACUGGAGAGAAGCCUUACAAGUGUCUUCAGUGUGAAGAGUGUUUCACAUAUCACACAGAACUGAAAAGGCAUUUGCAAACUCAUUCUGAAAGAAAAUGCCAUUUUCCUCAGUGUGAUAAGAGUCUUGUGGGCAGCUCAGGUGAGCCAAGUUCAGUUCCGGCUCGUGGACCUUCUGCCAUGCUUUCCGAGGAGAUUGACGGCUCGAAAUUUAGCUCAGACCCACAGUUGUUCUCCAUUAUCCCGGCUCAGAUUGAGGAAAUUGGAGUGGUGGAGGGAUGCAGAAUACUACUAAGAGUGUCCAAACACACAGAGAAACUCCUGGUGAAGCGACUGAGAUCCACGUGA